UCGGCUGCCAGGUGGUGGUGAAGCGGCGUCGUCGCCUCCUCCCUUCUCGCCCUUCUCCCUAUGGAGUCUCCCCCCAGCAGCAGCCACUUGCUGGGCAGCGCCGGGAGCCUCUUGCCCGGCGGGCUGGGCUCGGGCUUCAGCAGCCUGCAGAGCCCCGAGCUGGGCAGCCCUCACGGCGGAGGCUCCUCCUCGGCAUCCGCGGCCUCCCCUCCGCCGCCGCCGCUGCCCAGCUUCGGCACGCCGUGGUCGGUGCAGACCUCUCCGCCGCCUCCUCAGCAACCGCCGCCGGGGCAGCAGCCGCCUCAGCAGCAGCAGCAGCAGCCGCCUCCUCCGGCCGCCUCAGCCGCCGCCAUGGCUCCUCCGCCCAGCCCGGAGUCGUCGCCGUCUUCGGAGGGCGGCGGCAGUUUCUACGCGGCGGCGGCGGGCGGCGGGAUGCCGUCGUCCCUCAACCCGGCUUUCUUCCAGAACUUCUCGCCCGUGUCGACACACGCCGCCUCGGUGGGGCCUUUCGGAAGCCCCUUCUCGGCAGCGCCGCCGCCGCCUCAGAUCAGUUUACCUCAGCAGCAGCAACAGCAGCCGCAGAACCGGCGCUCGCCCGUCAGCCCUCAGCUGCAGCAGCACCACCAACACCAGGCGGCCGCGGCCGCAGCGGCAGCCGCUUUCCUGCAGCAGAGGAACUCCUACAACCACCACCAGCCUCUUCUGAAGACAUCACCCUGGAGCAACCAUCAGAGUACUGGCUGGAGCACAGGAAAUAUGUCUUGGGGAAGUGUACAUGGUAGAGACCAUCGUAGAACUGGAAACAUGGGAAUUCCAGGAACUAUGAACCAGAUCUCUCCCUUAAAGAAGCCGUUUUCUGGUAACGUCAUAGCUCCUCCCAAGUUUACUCGUUCUACUCCAUCGCUGACUCCUAAAUCAUGGAUUGAAGAUAAUGUUUUCCGAACAGACAGCAACAGUAACACACUCUUACCCUUACAGGUAAGAAUGGAUCGAAACAGAAUGUAUGACAGUCUGAAUAUGCAUUCAUUGGAAAAUUCCCUCAUUGAUAUAAUGAGGGCUGAACAUGAUCCUCUUAAAGGUCGUUUGAAUUACCCACAUCCAGGAACUGACAAUCUUCUAAUGUUAAAUGCAAGGAGUUAUGGGCGAAGACGAGGUCGUUCUUCCCUCUUUCCAAUAGAUGAUGGCUUACUGGAUGAUGGUCAUAGUGACCAAGUAGGUGUGUUGAAUUCACCUACAUGCUAUUCUGCUCAUCAGAAUGGAGAACGGAUAGAACGUUUCUCUCGGAAGGUGUUUGUUGGUGGUCUUCCUCCAGAUAUUGAUGAAGAUGAAAUUACUGCUAGCUUCAGACGAUUUGGACCUCUGGUCGUUGACUGGCCUCACAAAGCAGAAAGUAAAUCCUACUUUCCACCUAAAGGUUAUGCAUUCCUUCUUUUCCAAGAGGAGACCUCUGUUCAAGCACUGAUCGAUGCCUGCAUUGAAGAAGAUGGAAAGCUUUAUCUGUGUGUUUCCAGCCCUACUAUCAAGGACAAGCCAGUCCAGAUCCGUCCCUGGAACUUAAGUGACAGUGACUUUGUGAUGGAUGGUUCUCAGCCUCUUGAUCCCCGAAAAACAAUUUUUGUUGGUGGUGUCCCCAGGCCAUUACGAGCUGUGGAAUUAGCCAUGAUAAUGGACCGUCUGUAUGGUGGAGUUUGUUACGCAGGAAUUGAUACAGAUCCUGAACUCAAAUAUCCAAAAGGUGCUGGGCGAGUUGCUUUUUCCAAUCAGCAAAGCUACAUUGCUGCUAUUAGUGCUCGGUUUGUUCAGCUUCAACAUGGUGAUAUUGAUAAACGAGUGGAGGUAAAGCCAUAUGUGCUGGAUGACCAGAUGUGUGACGAAUGCCAGGGCGCACGGUGUGGUGGAAAGUUUGCUCUUUUUUGUGCCAAUGUCACUUGCCUGCAGUAUUACUAGUUUUGCUGGGCGAAUAUCCACUCUCGGGCAGGACGUGAAUUCCAUACAUUGGUUAAGGAAGGGGCUGACCAGCCGCGCCAGAUCCACUUCCGCUGGAACUGAGCCGCUUCUCCAGCAUCUCCUUAAGGAACAAAGGGUGCAUGUGGCUUACUGUGUUUGAAGAUACUGACAUGCAGAAGAAUAAGUGCAUUCUUCUGCUUCUCACCCCAACUCUCAAUACCUGCAUCUUUUUCAGCAGCCAAACACUACAAAGCCUCUUGUUUUUUCACCAAAACCCUACAUCUCAGGCUUAAUAAUUUUUGUGAUAUUUUCAUGUUAAAAUAAAAAAAUGUUUUUUUUGUAUUUUCUCCAACUUAUUUUUAUAUGUAAAAUUAAAACUAGAUAUGAGAAUGUUUUUGCAUAGGGGCACAGCUGUCUGCUGCUAUAUUAGGGGGUGAAAGCGUGCACUUAUUUCUAAACAUGGGUUUUUAACUUCAAGAUCUGCCCUAGUAAUUUACCAAAGGUAGCAAAAAUAGUGAAGAUGGGAUAUGUCUGCUACAAAAAAAGCUUAUUUUUAUUGUUGUUGCUAUUUUCAGUGUAUACAUCAAUUAAAAAAAUAGGGUUGAUUUUUUGCUCUCCAUUUGACUUGCAAGAAAUAAUACCUCAAGAUAAUCUGAUUUAUUAGCUAUUUUUAAACAUUUAUAAUCACAAAGCUGUAUUAGCUUGCUGCUAUAUAGGUGUUGUGUGUAAUGCCACCUAUUAAUACGGGAUUAAAACGUUUUAAGAUACACUGCAUUGCCGAUUAAAAUGCAGGCAGCACAAUAUGGCAUAAACGCCAUAGUUUAGAAUGUGAAAAAUUGCAUGUUACUUACCUGUAUACACCAUAUGCAUGCACUAGAUCUAACAGAGGUGAGUAUUGAAAUGUUUUUAAUGCUCUGAAAUCUAGAUAGCAUGAUGGCAAACCGCAAAAUUUGUAACAAAAGACACUUGCAUGCAUUAUUGUGACUCAAGUUUUUUCCCCCUCUAAAAAUGUCCUACAUGUGUACAAUAUGCAAACUAGUUUUAGAUUAGCAAAGUGCAGCCAUUUUGUGACCUGGUUGGUAGUGGAAUUCAAUUUUUGCAGACUGGAUGUAAUAGUGUAAUCCCUGUGCAACUUCGUGGUGUGUGGUUCUAAUUAGUGUGGAGUGGUGUAGCUUAGACACGUUGAGCAGAAUACUAGAUUUUAAAUAGAUUUAUAUUUAUUUCAGCCCUCUUGAUUGUUCACGGUUAAAACUUCCUUUACAACCAAAGAUGGCCAGCCCACUGCUACACAGUCACCAAAUGGGAAACUACUGAGAAAUGAGCAUUAAAAUGUGCUCAUACAAGAAAACUUAAUGCUUUAGUAAUAAAAUAAGUCAAAAUGGAGAUGGUGUAAUAUACAGACAGCUAGUGCAUAAGCUACAAUCUUACCUUAAGACAACAGUGAAAUCUGGCUUAAACUGUGUGUGCUUGUUUGAGCCUUAGGUGCGUUUAAGACUUCUGUCAAACGAGGGUCACUGUUGCAUGAAAUGUAGUUGACUGAAAGUCAAGCGUAGUGUUUUAAUUUGAUGAAGGAGUUCUAAGCGACGACAUUGCUUGCAAGGUUUUCAGGGGGUGGGAGGAGGGGGGCUGUUUCUGGAUUGAAAUGCAAGAAAUUCAUAGCAGUGUUUUUGUCCUCCACAAAACAUUUUAAUGCAACUAGCCCUUAUGUUUCAAUGGAAGAAAGAGCCACUCUACAGUUUAAGCAAGCACCCAGUGCAGAAUUGAAAGUCUUAUUCCAAGAGAGAAAUUUGCAAGGGUUUUGUCCUUGGCAAUCCCUUGGGACAAUCCUUCAUGUAAGCGAAGUGUUGCUCUUAUAUUGGUUGUCUGCAAUGUGCUUUUUUGUACUGUUCAAUAUGUGGUUUCAUGUCUAAAUCUGCUGUUUCGUUGUGGUUGUGGUUCAAGUUUUUAAAGUUUUAAAGUUGAUGCUGUUUUAAGAAGAGCUUUUUAACUGAUUUAGUUGUCAAUGUACCCUAUUUGUUACUUAACCAUGAUCCUCCAGAUUUUUUGGAGUAUUCUUUUCUAACCUUAAACCCUGCCAGACCUUGAUCCAUUUUUGACAUUUGUUAUGCACUAUUUUUAUAUCUCUGUGAGAGAUUUUUUUUCCAACUAGUCAGCUAUUUUAAGGCACACUUUUUUUUGACUGACGACAUCUCCUUUGCUAUACCUCAAUUUUUGGAAUUUAGAAAUG